AGAUGCCGAGUCUCCAGCUGUGGAUGAAGAUAUGACAGAUGAAUCCAAACCUAAACCAAAGCUGUUUGCACCACCGCUGACUGUGCCAAAGAUACCUGAGGGAGAAAAAGUCGACUUUGAUGAUAUCCACAGGAAGCGUCAGGAGAAGGAUCUGACUGAGCUGCAAUCUCUGAUCGAGGCCCACUUCAUUCAGAGAAAGAAGGACGAGGAGGAGCUCAUCGCUCUCGUUAACAGGAUUGAGAAGCGUCGUGCUGAGAGAGCUGAGCAACAGAGGAUCAGAACCGAGCAUGAGAAGGAGAGGCAGAAUCGGCUUGCUGAAGAAAAGGAGAGGAAGGAACAGGAAGAGGCCCGCAGGAAGCAGGACGAGGACGCCAAGAAGAAGAAGGCUCUCACAAACAUGACUCAGCAGUACUCUGGCUUCCAGCAGAGGCAAGACGGAAAGCGGGGAGCAAAGAAGCAGACGGAGAGAGAGAAGAAAAGAAAGAUCCUGGCGGAGAGGAAGAAACCUCUCAACAUCGAGCGUCUCAACGAGGACAAACUGAAGGAGAAGGCCAAUGAGCUCUUUCAGUGGCUGUGGAUGCUGGAGGCUGAGAAGUUUGACUUCACCAAGACACUGAUGAGACAGAAAUAUGAUAUUACUCUGCUCCAGAUUCGUGUUCAGAACAACCAGAGCGCCAAAGGGAGAGGAAAGGCCAAGGGCAGAGUGAGAUAGACGGAAACGUCGACAUAUAUUCUCAGAGGAGCCAUCUCACCACGAGUGCCCGUGUUGGAAUUUGUUCUCAAUCUGCUCUUCAGUAAUCACAGUUUUGUGCCUUUUAGCCCUUAGCCUUUACAAACAAUAAACAGACUUGUGCUUUUA